CUAAAAUGUCCUUAACUUUAACAUUUAAUAUUUAAAACAUUAAUUUAAACUUUCAUACUCUAUUAAAGUGUUUUCAAAAUUGAAAUGCCGCCCCUAGCUAUGAUCUUAUGUUCUGUAUCCUCUGUAUCGUCGCUAGGUCCUUUGUAUCCUCUGUAUCGUCGCUGGAUUCUUCGUAUCCUCUGGAUCGCGACCGUAUCCCGGAUAGACGGAAUCCGCUUUUCCCCCCUUGCAUUCGAUAGACUCAUGUUCUGCUUUGGAAUCGAAUCAAAAACGUCUCGAAGCCGAAAUAUCCUAUUUCCGGCAUGUAAACUUUAUAUACACCCAUACCCACAUUCAACUCUGACCCCUGCGCAACUAAUGAAGAAAUAGCCAACACUACAUAGACUCUCAAUCAUCACACAUUACCUAUCAUGAGCAACGCGCCAAUCGCCACUUGCUACACACACUUUCGUAACAACAACCGACCGUUUCAGAAAUAUAACCUGAACUUCAUAAGUGAGAACCAUGGACCACUGACGGCUUCAGAAAUACAAGACGACGCUUUUAAGUUAAAAAUGCGUAUGAUAAUUGGCCAGUACAGUUAAAUAUUUCAAUCAAUUUCAUUGUAUUAUACAGGAAACCUCAAAUAUAUGAAUCUCUCAGCAUCAGAGAGAACGCAUAAAAUCACUACAAUCAGUGAUUACGACACUGUAACAAUAAGUAGUGCCGAUAUACAAGCAAUCGCAACAAUAAGAGAUAACUAUGAAUGUGCAAAAGGGAUAUGUCAUGGUCUGAAUGGAAUUGUAGAACGGUUCACAUGAGCCUCAUGCUAUGUGCUCAUAAAGCGUACUUGAAGUUUGUAUGGGAGAUUGCGUUAACUCCAUGUACCGUUCAUGUUAUUUCACAAUUACAGAUGUAUUGGUGUGGGUGUAGGUGUGGUGAGGUGACAUUUGCUCUGAUUGUAUAUACUUCAUUUCAAUUGCUUGUGACUAUCAGGUGGUAGUUCAUUGUGGGUAGGGCUGCGAUGUGACAGAUGUUGAAUGCUGCUGUUUUAAAUUUAGGUACGCUCAUUGUUGUGCGAGCGUUGGUAUGCUGGUUCAGUGUUGUGGGUUGUGUUUAUAGUUACAAUAGCGGUGCGAGGAUCCGCAUCGACAUCUUCAACCGUACUGAUGCAGACGUUCGUGUGCACAUAUUCACAGUCACUCAUGAAUAAUUCCAGUUUCAUUACGGUUUGAGCCUUUCAAUUCUUAAAGUAUACAGCAAACGUCCACGAUCUAGUCUCAGGUGAAGCGAGCCUUCAAAACGGUUAUUAUGUGUUAUUCUUCAGUUGAAACCACAUAUUGUUUUGUAAAAGAAAUUAGCCGAUAAAAUGAAUAUAUAGAUCUUAGAUCGCGACUGUGCCAAAUCCAUACCGUAACAUAUUUCGAUCUUUCUUAAUUCUUUGAGGACGGAAUUCUUUUUAAUGGAAAAGCAUUUUUCAUCCGUUUUAUUUUAUUUUAACUCAAAGGGGCUACAUAAAAAUCUUAUGAUAAUCAUAACAACAAUUUUUUUCAUCUUUUAAACAAAGUGGCAAUUUGUCGUUAAAGCACUUGAUAUUGGAACGAAAAUGUGCUUCAUUGGUGCAACAAUAAGCACACCCUGUUCUUUUUCCUUUACAGACAAGCGCAUUUCAUUGCCAAAAUGAAGAACAAGUUUUAGUGAUGCUAGUUUAGACAUAUUUUCAGAAGAAAGUCUAAAAAGACUUAUUCGUUCAUUACCACAGCAGAAAUAUUUCGCCACUAAAACCAAACAGUUAAAGUAUGCUACCUUAUCUCGAGUUAACUGAGUAUAACAAAUGAGUAAAGGCUUGGGUGUGGGUGAACAAAAGCUCAAAACCCACACCCACACCCACACCCUUAGCAUUACCAAAUAACAAACGUAAAAGAAUCGAUCCACCAAUUAGCAACAACAAAAAACAACAUUUACAUGAUUUAUUUACCAAAUAUGUAAUUCGUGAUGGAAGGACGUUUAAUGACCUGCAAAAACCUGGAUUGAAAAAAAUUUUACAAGAACUCAUUCCUGAUUAGUUUAUUUAAAAAAAUGACUGAUAUUUAUUUGACUAGCAAUAUCAGAUAGUGUGCUAAUCGAUAAUCAAUUAUGAAAAUGAAUACACUAACAAUUUAUGCUGGUCUAUUGAUUAUUAAAUCUUUUUUUUUCGUAUAGGUUAUGAACCUCCGACUCGGUAUUCAGUGGCUCAUCAGCUAAAACAUCUUCAUAAGCUCUAUUUAAAGAAAUUAAUUGAUGAUUUAGCAUUAAUUGGUGAUAUUUCAAUAACUCUAGACCUGUGGAGCAACAAACAAAUGCGAUCAUUCUUAGUAAUCACAGGUCAUUAUUUUCCUAACAAUCGUUUUGAUUUACAAUCUACGGUUUUAAAUUUCUCAACGUUUAAUGUUCAUCAUACAUCUGUUGAUAUUUUUCGAGUAUUACAAGAGAAAUUAAAAGGACUUGAUAUAUUACACAAGGUGGUUCGAGUGACUUCCGAUGGUGGUCGUAAUGUGGUCCGUGCCAUUUGUGAUCUGCACUUGAAUUUAGAGCAUGUAUGA